AUGUUUCUCGUUGCCUUAACCGGCGGUAUCGCCUCUGGAAAGAGCACCGUGACAAAGAUCUUCCGCGACAACGGAGUUCCGGUAAUCGAUGCCGAUGCCAUCGCCCGCCAAGUGGUUGAACCGGGCCGACCAGCAUGGCAUAAAAUCAAGGCCGCCUUUGGUGAGGAAGUCUUCCAUGCCGAAAGCGGAGAGCUGAACCGAGAAGCGCUCGGGCGCAUCAUAUUCGAUGACGUAGAGAAGCGCCGAGUGCUGAAUGAAAUCACACAUCCCGAAAUUCACCGCACCAUCUAUCGGGAGGUGAUCAAGUGUUUCUUUAUGGGGCACAAUUUUGUUGUGCUCGAUCUACCGCUGCUGUUCGAAAUACGAGUCAUGUUGAACUACAUCCAUAAAAUCAUUACCGUCACAUGCGAGGAAGAUAUUCAAGUCACCCGUUUGAUGGAUCGGAGUCAAUACACCGAGGCAGAGGCGAAAAAGCGCAUCAAAGCACAGAUGCCACUGGAGCUAAAAUGCGAACAAUCACAUUUUGUGAUUGAAAAUUCAGGUACACUAAGAGACACUGAAGAACAAACGCUAAAAAUCCUCGCCAUCCUGCAGGAUAGUAAUCAGCAUUGGAAAAUACGUGGCGUCAUCUUUGCUACGGCGGCGUUGCUCGUUUCCAGCAUUGCGUGGCUUUUAAACUACAAGUACAAGUGGUUCAACUCGAACUGAUUGAGCCGCGUGCGAGCUACGCUGUGAUUCGCCGACGAUUGAUUUUAUUUCGUAGCCAAAACUCGCCGCUCCUCUCCUUCCCUGGUGGCAUUAUUCGUUUUUCAUUAAGUGCGUGUUUCCUAUUCCCCGAAUUUUGUUAUUGUUUUGUCGUCGCAUCUAUUGAUGUAGAGUUUAGGACGAAGCUACAUCACCGUGCAAUACGUGUCCUUGCGUGUAAAUAAGUAGCACUUCAAGAUGUACAGAAAAGUCAAUAGUGUAGGUAAUCGCGCGUUUUUUUUUUUUGCUUCAGUAAACACAGACAGAGGGCAUUUAAUAAUCGGAUAGUAAUGUGCUGAAGAUGCAAUCUAAUGUGUUCGUGUGCACGGGUACUUGGUGUGGUGUCUGCGUGUGCAAUGCAAGCUAAAUGAGCUAUAUGCUUUUCCUUUUUACAUCGUCCUGACGGAGAUAAUAGAAAUAUAGAAAAGCGAAAAAAAACGUAAA